UGACGAAGCACAGUGCGCAGAAGGCGGGUGACCAGGAAGAAGAACGGCGCUUGGGGCUGAGGGAGGAGACGGGCUCUGUGUAUACCUGGACGCCACCUCCCCCUUCCCCUUCCCCGCCAGAGGUCUAAACAAACCCCCUGGCUGAGGCCCUGAUGGCGGCGGAAGGUUGAAACCUCCUCUUGCCUUCCCUCCCGCUGCCAUUUCUCCGCCAGAGCUGCGAGUGUGGAGCAUUCUGAGAGAAAGAGGGAGAGAGGCAGCGGGUCCCUGGGGCAAGCCGACUAGGGGCUAAGCCGCUUAUGCAGGGUAGGAAGCUGGCAUGAGCUUCCUGCGCUGGGCUCCUGCUGGUGCUGCUGCCCACGGGAAGCCAAAGGAAAGCAGCCGCCGUCGUCUGGAGCUGGCGUUGUGUCUCUGAGGAGAAGGAGGAGGAGGAGGAGGAGGAGACACCCCACUUCCCUUUGGGGAAGAUGGGGAAUUGCCUGAAAUCCCCCACCUCAGACGAUAUUUCCCUGCUGCACGAGUCCCAGUCGGACAGAGCCAGCUAUGGGGAUGGGACUGAUCCGGAUCAGGAGCCGCCGCCGCCAUAUCAGGAACAAGUUCCAGUUCCAGUUUACCAUCCAACUCCUAGCCAGACCCGCCUAGCAACGCAGCUUACAGAAGAGGAACAAAUUAGGAUAGCGCAACGGAUAGGCCUUAUACAGCACCUGCCGAAAGGCGUCUAUGAUCCAGGAAGAGAUGGUUCUGAGAAAAAGAUCAGAGAAUGUGUGAUCUGUAUGAUGGACUUUGUUUACGGGGACCCUAUCAGAUUCCUGCCAUGCAUGCACAUUUACCAUCUGGACUGUAUAGAUGACUGGUUGAUGAGAUCUUUCACAUGUCCUUCCUGCAUGGAGCCAGUUGAUGCAGCAUUGUUGUCAUCGUAUGAGACUAACUGAGCCAGAGCUUCUCUUCUGACCUGUCAAGGAAGACAUCUAAUUUUAAUGGGUUUUAUCCUUUGUCAUUCUUCCCAAAGAAUCAGAGAUUAGGAAACAAAAUCAUGCACAAUCUAAACUCAUUUCCUAACCAUUUAAAGACCCUGAAUGGCUGCAGGUAUUGGCAGAGGGAUGGAGGAAGAAAUGUGUUUUAGACAAUAUAGAAAAAAGUAGGACAUUAUUUUUAUGUAAAGCCUUGAUCCAGUGCUUAAAAAUAGUUGCUCCUUAAGAAAGCUCUGUUAGUAUACCCAACCAGAGGAACUGUGUGAAGACUAAUAGCAGAUGUUAAAGAUUAGAUUGUGUGCAGUCAAGCCACCAGGAAGUUCUCCUGCUCAAGCAUAAUUGAAGUGAACAAAAGUACGUGUGUGUGUGUGUGAGAGUGUGUGUGUGCGCGCGCAUAAGAGAGAGAAUAUGCACACCCUUACUAAAACGGAAAAGGAAAGAAUGCUGGAGUAUCCCUUCUCCUAAAGAAAAUUGCCAUUUUUGUUCAAAUUGCUUCACAAGUUCCUGAUAUUUGGGUCAAUGCUCUAUUUACAAAAAAAAGCUACAUUUUAUAACACUGGCACAAAAAUAGUUUUAAGCUUGUUUGCACAGUUCUUUUUUUAUCCAUUGGAAAUGGAAUCCAUUUUGCCUUAGGUCUUUUUAAAUAGUGUAUUCUUAUGUUUGGGCUGGCUCUAUGCUUGAAAACCAGUUUAUUUAUAACCUGUUAUAAAAGUGCUAUAUUUUGUUUGCAGUUAGGAUUAUGUGGACUUUAAAAAGAUCUCCUAGCUUGUAAGCAAACUUGAGAUGCACUAUCUUUUUUCUAUAUGUGACAUUCUAAUGUGAGGGUAUUAAAGAAAAUCAGAAAACAAACCAGUGUUUAUAGUUCUAGUUUUUACUUCAUUUCUGCCUAAAUAGUUUUUAGAAUUCAAAUACUCAAAUGAAUUUUACAUUCGUCAAGUUAAAAUGGAGCAUGUUGAAGUUGAAGGCAAAAUGUUUACCUGUAAUCAUAAAGUUUGUUUAGAUUUCCUUCCUUCAGAUAGUGGUAUUUUGGACCAUAUAAAAAGGAUAUUGCAUCUCUUAUUCUUGUAGCUCCUAGAUUCUCAAGACCAUACUGUGUCUCGGUCUCUGUAUUAAAUGUACCUUUUGUAUUCUGCUGGCUGGCAUAGCAGUCUAUCAGGCAGAUGUUAAAUAAUCUAUAUUUUAUGUUUUGUACAAAAAUGCAAAAUUCGUAUUUGGCACAGAAUUACAUAGGACUGAUCAAGUGAGUGAUCUACAUCUGGUAAGGACUGUUCCAAGUAUUUACAUUUUGGAAACUAAAAAAGGUAUGUGCUUGGUAGAGACAGUCAUGCGAACAGAAUGUAGCUGUAAAUUUUUUUAUCCACUUAGCAUGUGGGUUUUCGUCCUCUUAAAUGUUCUUUAAAUGUAACUUUUAUACACAUGACUUAAAGCCAAUAGGUUGCGAAGUAUUUUAGUUUAGCAUGAGAUGCAAGCUCCAGUUGACAGCAGUGUACUAAGGACUGUUCUUGAAUGUUUGAAUACAUGAUUCUAAGAAACUGUAUUUAAACAAACUACUCCACUGAAGACUGUAUGCUUAACAGUAUAGAGCAAUUAAAUGUCAAAUAAUUUCUACAAGAUUAGUUGGGUAGAAUGCAAAAGUCUGCAUAAUUGCUUAUUUAUUACCCUGCAGAAAAUGCGCAACAGGGCACUGUAGAUUAUUGACAUUCAAAUUCCUCAGUUCACCCAAUGUAUACACACAGCUCCCAUGCAAGCAAACAUCUCCAUUCAUUUUGACAGACAUUGCAUAUUGAGCAUUCUUAGACUUGCCCCUGUAACUGCAAGAAACAGAGAGGGUGGGGAGAAGCUCUAUGUGUGUGUCAGAAACCGCAUACCUGCAAGAGACUGUUGAACUGGGGUGAGAACUGCAGUCAACCAUGUACUCCAAAACAGCUCUGCAGAAGUCGUUACAGUGUAAAUGGUGCACUGAUUGAAAAAGAAAGCAGUCUAAAGCAAAUACAGUCUUGGGUUGAUUUACAUUUCUACAAGAAACCGUUUCCAGUCCUCCCUCCUUAAUUCAGCUGUUCUUAAUUAGAGAAAGUAAAUCCAAGAGAGGAAAGAUGAAGUUGUGCAAUAUUUUCAGUAGUAAACCAUACUACCUUAUCAUUCCAUGUGUUGUUUUCCAUAAAUGUUGAUGUCUAUCUUGUCAAGUAUUAUAGCCAGUUUUCUUCUUUUACCUUGGAUUGUUAAAUUGGCAAAUGAACAAUUUUUAAACACC